UCCCCUUUCAUUUCUCUCCUUCCUCGCACGGUCACAUCCGCGACGGCGACGAACGGGAGAGAGAGAGAGAGAGAGAGAGAGAGAGAGAGAGGCGGCGGUGAAGCCAGCGGCAGCGGCGGAAGAGAACGACGCCGGUGGGCGCCUUUCGUCGGAUUCGCGUGCAGAUCAAGGUAGCGCGCGGCUCCGUCGACUGGUGCUCGUCGGUGUCCUUCGCGAGGCGGGCGCGGACGGGGACGCGCACGAGCGUCCAAAACCGGCACGGCGACGGGCCUCCAACGCCGACAAGCGAGCGAGGAGGCGCAGCGGACCCGAGCACACCCGCGCAGCUGAGGGGCUUACUCCGGCGCCGUCGUGGCCAGCGACGACGACGACGACGACGAGACCCUCAACGUGAGAACUUGCCAAAUAUAUUUGUUUUGCUACGAAAACUGAAAGGGAUUGAGCUGGAAUUCUUCUCUUGACUCCAACAACCUGACUGCUACUUCUACCAUAACUUCUAUCUACCAAGCACUUUGGACACCAGACCGAGAACUUGCUUAUAACCUACAAAACCGGCACGGUGACGGGUCUCCAACGCCGACAAGCGAGCGAGGAGGCGCAGCGGACCCGAGCACACCCGCGCAGCUGAGGGGCUUGCUCCGGCGCCGUCGUGGCCAGCGACGACGACGAGACCCUCAACGUGAGAACUUGCCAAAUAUAUUUGUUUUGCUACGAAAACUGAAAGUGAUUGAGCUGGAAUUCCUCUCUUGACUCCAACAACUUGACUGCUACUUCUACCAUAACUUCUGUCUACCAAGCACUUUGGACACCAGACCGAGAACUUGGUGUGACAUAUGAGAAUAGAGCAUCAUCAAGGAAGGGUUACGAACAAGGCCACAAGUUUUGAGGUGUUCAUGUUUAUGUAAUUUGCUUUAAGUAGUCCAAAUGUCUGUGUAUGUAUUGCGUUGUGAGCUAUGUAAGUGUAUUGUGGAUGUAAACUGAAUCAGAAGUAAUGAAAUCUUCCUUAUUUUUCACCUUUUGGAUGUAAACUGAAUCAGAAGCAAUGAAAUCUUCCAUACUUUUCACUUUUUGUAUUUUGUUUUCUUAAACCAUGUCUUUCUUCUAUUAAAUCCACCGGGUGCGCUAAUAGCUACAGGUGUGCUAACAGCUACAGCCCGGAAAAGGAUUGUAAUACAACUUCCUCGCUCAUUGAUAUUCCUCAAAAUUAGAAGAUGGCCCAUGAACAGGAGCUGAUCCUCAAGUUUGACACUAUGGUCGGUGAGGAGCGUGAAAAAAAGGAGCCAACUAAUCUUUUUGAGGGUUGGAGUGACGAGGAAAAGGUAAGCUAUAUGAGGCAGUUGGAAUUCAAUCUUCCACAAUACAGUGAAGCACCUAAUCUUGAAGACAAGGAAGUCCCGGAUAGUGUAAUUUUUGAUGUCACAGAUCCAGAGAAAAUUCAGAAAAACUAUGUUGCUUCAAUUGGUCAUUAUAGAUCCUGGCAAUAUGUUGGUUCCGACCGACGUUUUGAGUUUGGUUCAAAGCAACGCACGUUUGUGACCAGAUCAACGGGAACAUUUGUAUUCUAUUAUAGAUACAAACAUUUUCUUGUUGGCUUGAUCGUCGACGGACAAUGUGGUUGGGUGGAAGGUGCCAUAACCCGUAAUGUUCGUGAUGGCCUUGAGUCUGUGUUGCAAUUUGCUAGAAAAGGAUCUUCCCCAGAUUAUAUCAGAAGUGCAAGAACAUAUACUCUUGCCUAUGAUGGGAAUUAUACAAAGGGUGAAAAUAUUUCAAAAAUCAAAAUUGGAAUAUGGCAGCUGUGUAAUGCAAUAGAGGGAAUAGGAGAUUUUGUUCCCGGAAAGAGCAAGUCUGAACCUGAUCCUAUGCAGUGGCAAAUCUUGAUUCUUUAUGGUCCAGAAGCUGGAAGGAUCAACUAUAUAUUUGAUCGGACAAAAAUGUCUUUAUCUGUUGACAAUGGAGGGCAUGUGGCAGUUAAGAUUCCUGCUGAUCUUGAGCCGUUUGUGCUGAACUAUUUGAAACUUUCCAAAUGUGGUAUUGCUGUGCUUGAUGGCAAGGAAUUUUUCAUGUCAAAGGAACGACGCCAAGAAGUUUAUACCAGGUUUUAUUGGCGGUUCUGAUACUAACAAGAAAAGUGGUGUAUCCUACUCACUUUCUGCUUUCGGAUGCUCCCCCCAUGAAAUAUAAGCGAGAGGAGCCUGAUCAGGGGAAGAGGGGUAAGGCACUCACGGAUGAGCAAAAAUUGGAAGCUGCUAAUGCCAAAGGAACUACAUAUCAAGUUGGCAAACACGAUGGAUCUUCUAUUUACCACACCGAGAAAUGGCUUAUUGACCCAUUGAAACAGGAGAAGAGAUCCUUUCCAGAAAGGCCUGAGCUCAUGAUGGUCUUAAUAUGGCUAAGCCGGCUCUGGGGUUACCUCAGCAAAAAUUCUGUAGCACUAUCUGAUACUUCCGGUGUACAACGCGGGUUAUCUAGUGAGAGUCUGAACCUGAAUGUCAAGAAAAAUCUUCUGGUUGCUGGAAUCCGACCUGGGAAUGCUCCUAAUGAGCAUCAUGGUCUUGAGAGGCUUGAAUUAGCUAAAGGAGAAAAUGCGGCCCAGCAACACACCGCUUCAACCUUUAUCUUUUGUCCAGAAAGGUCGACCGCUGACCUGUGGUAUUGGGAGGAGUUGCAUCAGAAGAAAGAUGAGAGCCCAAUAGGUGGCAGUGGUUUCUCCAUGAGGAAAUCUGGUGUAGCUUCAAGGACCGAAGGCAAGCACUUCUCUUAUGCAAUUGUACCAGCAUCUCAGCUCAAUACUCCGACAGUGUAUUCUUCUCAGA